UUACAUAAAUCAGUAUACUUUUAUCUUUUCUUUUUUGAUUCGACCCAUCCGAUCGCUCCACGUUGCGCACAAGUGAGUGAGACGAGAUUCAUUCAGAAACUGUUGCAUAAUCGGUAAACGUUCAGAUUCAGAAUAGAUUACUUGAUGCAUCCAUCUCCAGAAACAAGUAAAAAAAGAGCAAUUGAAGAGCUUAGCGAUUCUCAGGAUGACCAUCAUCCAACCACCAUUACUCGUCAAAGAAGAGGGAACCGUGGCAAUAUGGUAAAUCAAGCUAAGAAGUUGAACUCUGAUAAAGUUCAUAGUUACCUAGAGAAUUUAUGGCUCAGCAUUCCAGAGGAUAAAAAGAGUUCAUUCACACAUCUUGAUCCAUUGUGGUAUACUUUGUACUCUAGUGACUCCAACAAAGAAAAGGUGUUGAACUGGAUCAAGAAAAAAGACAUAUUUUCUCGAAAAUAUGUGGUUUUUCCCAUUGUUCAGUGGGGUCAUUGGAGUGUGUUGAUAUUUUGUCACUUUGGUGAAAGUUUAGGAUCAAAAUUCAAAACUCCAUGCAUUUUGUUGCUGGAUUCACUAGCAAAAGCUGAUCAUUCCAAGCAACUGGAACCUGUAAUAAGAAAAUUUGUUUCUGAUAUCUACAGGAAUUUAGAGAGGACAGAGGAUAAAAAAUUGUUGCUUAAAAUGCCAUUUUUAGUUCCUAAGGUUCCACAGCAGAGAGAUAAUCAGGAAUGUGGUUUUUUUGCUCUUUAUUAUAUAAAGCUUUUUGUUGAGAAUGCUCCUGAAAGUUUUAGCAUAUCCAAUGGGUACCCUUAUUUUAUGAAGAAAGACUGGUUUAGUUCCGAAGGUUUGGAUGGGUUUUGCAAAACUCUUGAUUCUUCUCACAAAUAGCAUUCAUUCAUUUGCAACUUUUAUUUAUGUAAAUAAACAAAAAGCAGUCGUAUUUUUGUUUUUCUGUUAAAACCUCAAAAACUAACAUGACUUGAGCUAGUUGCAACUUUUGAAACUGGUUUUAUAGUUGGACUAUUUCUAUAUAGACAUUUUUUUUUUUA